AGGUUCCCUAGAUGACGAUGAGGUUUGUUGUUAUUGCAGGAGUGAGCGACGAAGGUUUGGCGGCGCUGUGGGCGGGGUGCCGGCGGCUGCGCGAGCUGGACGUGUCGUACCUGGCGGGGCUGGGCGGCGCCGGGUUGACGGGGCAGGGCGGCGCCGCGCGGCUGCGUCGGUUCACGGCGCGCGGCAACCCCGCGCUGUCCGCCGCCGGGCCCGCCGCGCUGCUCGCCGCCGCGCCCUGUCUGCAGGAGAUGGAUCUGUGCGGGUGCGACGGAGUGUCCGAAGAAAUAGUGGAGGCCGCAGUGAACGCCCUGGCGCUGAACCCGCGACACCUGCUCCUGCGGCUCGCGGGCACCGGCGCCGCGCAGGCACAGGAGGAGCUGCCGAAGCACAGGCUGCUGACGGUGAACGUGGCGGACGACCUGUGCAACCCCAACAUGAGGCCGGACUUCGUGGACCGCAUAUUCGGGAACGACUCCGACGAGUCCUUCGACGACCUCUACGACCACGACGAUUUCGAGGACCUGUUCGGUUCGGACGAGGAAAUAUUCUUAGAGGACGAGCUAGACGAAUACGAGCAGAUCUUCGCGUACGGAAUCGAUGUCCCCGACAUACUCAUAUAGACUCCAACUGCCCACACACACUUUAUUAAUUCACAUUUAUCGGAAUUAUUCAUCGAAUAUGGCAGUUUUAUUUAUAAUUAGUUUUUAAUUUAAACACAGUUUACAUAGUCCAUUUUCAUGUAACAAUAACGUUUUUUUCUUAUCCUUUUGUUUCAUUUUUUUUUCUUAAUUUUAAUCUGGUUUCUUUAUAUGGAGUUUCUGUGUUUUUUUAGCUCUGAUAUACUCUGUUUUUAUUUAAAUUACAAAUAUAGAGUAACUAAUAUUCAGAAUGAAUGAAAAUUAGUCAUCACUGUAAUCUGUGCUCCAAUAUCAAAUAACCUCUUCAGAGACAUUGGCUUAUUUGUGUACAAUUCGUUUUUGUUUAUUAUUAUCCAUAAAUGUGGCCAUCAUACUUUGUAAUGAAUAUUCACUUUUUUUUUUACUUAUUGAAUUGUUUUCAAUAUAAAAUAAACAAACCACAAUAAAGAAUAAAAUAAAUUCAUGUUUUUUGUACUUUAAAAAAUUCGUCCCUAAAGAGGUUAAUAAAACAUUGAAAUUAAGUAACUGAUGUGUAUACGCUAUAUUUAUCUGAUGUUACUAUAGAUCAUCAUAUUGCUAAUUAAAGUCUGAAACAAUGUGAUAAAAAAAUACAGCAGUAUGUAAUAUAAUUUUAACGACUGUUACAUAUGUUAUCCGGUGAAUAAUUAUAAAAUUUAUUCAACUUUGUUGUUCAUUUAACAUAGUUCACAAAAUAUAUUACAAAAAUAUAUAGAAGUUAUUUAGUUGGCGCAAGGAAUAUUAAACUUUACUUGUCACACUUAACUAUUGAAUCCUUUACUUGUUGUGCAAAUGGAAAUUACUGAACUCAUAUGAAAAUACUUAGCUUUAAUACAUAAUAAUGAAUUAAAUAGAAUUGCUACACGUAGGGUGUUGAUUAGUUUAUAUUUUAGAAUUAUAAAAAUAUCUUCACGGAAAUGUGAUAUUUUGAUUAAUCUGUUAAUUUUUUUUCUUUUGCAACGAUUAUCUUUUGUCUGAUGAAUUUCUUUUUUCGCUUUGCAUGCAUUACUAAGAAAUCAUACUGAAUAUAUUAUUAUUCAAAGCAUUGUCAUCUGUUAGAAUCGAAGUAUUUUAUUUUUUCAUUCAUUUAGAUUAAAAUGUUUGUUUGUGGUUUUAAUGCUUUUUCUAAUAUGUUUUUUAUAAGUUAUUCCUACGUUUUUUGAGAACACAAAACUUAAUCAAAGCAUUGAUUUUAUUUAUUUACGUUAAUGGAGAGUUUAAUUUAAAACGUCGCAAUCAAAGGCCCUGUGUAAAUAUUUUUUUAGAUUUGAUUUGCUAUUAAUAUUAGUUGAAAGUUUCCUGAUGUAAGAGAUAUUUUGUAAACUGCACAAUGUGUUUAUACAAGUGAUAUGCGUUGUUUUGUGAUUUGAGUUUCACGUUACAUUUCAUUUAUAUCAUCAUUCAUUUACUUAACAUUGAUUUUUAUUAAAAACACUUAGAAUUGUUGUGUUCCGAGAGAAAUGUGAUGUUACUUCAAUUUUUUGUGAUAUACUUUUUUUCAUUUUGAGAACCACGUUACGCUUGAUUCUUUUUAAAAUAUAAUUAAGCGUAUUUUAAAAACCUACAAAAUACAUUGUGUCCUCAACAUCAUCUUGUGUAUUAUUUAAUA